UUGGGGCAAGCAAAAUUUGGAGAUGGUUGGGAAGACACUGCCAAUUUCUUCCAAAAACCCCAAUUCAAAUCAAAACAUGGCUUCGAAGAGUGUGGCUUCCGCUUCUUCCAUUGUUUCAGUUUCUUCCAAAGGUAAGCUCUCCUCUUCUCUAUUUACUCGCUCUCCAACAAUUCCAUCAUCAAAUCAUCCUAAAUGCCCACCCCAACCCCUCGCAUCACCGGAAAUUUCGCCGCAAAACUUCAAUACAGGGCUUUUGUUUCAACGCCGGCUUCACACCUUCCUACAGAACUGCAGAACAGGUAAGAUUACCCCAACUGAAGCAUUACAUUUCUUUGACCUAAUGAUGCACUCCAGUCCUACUCCUCCCAUGUCUUCAUUCAAUCUUUUACUUGGUGGACUUGCUAAGAUUAAGCACUACUCUCAGGUUUUUCAGCUGUAUUAUAAAAUGCACCUUGCUGGAUUUUUCCCUAACUUCUUCACGCUCAAUAUUUUGAUGAAUUGCCUUUGUAAUGUGAAUCGGGUUAGCGAAGGUCUUGCAGCCAUGGCGAGGAUUUUCAGGUGUGGUUAUGUUCCUAAUAAAAUGACUUACACGACCUUGAUUAAGGGCUUGUGUAUGGAGCUUAGGAUUAAUGAAGCGACACGACUGUUUAUGAGAAUGCAAAAGUUAGGUUGUAUGCCUGAUGUGGUUACUUAUGGGACUUUAAUCAAGGAGCUCUGUCGAACGGGGAAUGUUAACAUUGCACUUAAGUUGCAUCAAGAAAUGCUCAAUGACACUGGUCAAUAUGGGAUUAAUUGUAAGCCUAAUGUUAUUUGCUAUCAUAUAAUUAUAGAUGGACUUUGUAAGGAUGGACGGGAAGAUGAGGCAAAAGAACUUCUUGACAAAAUGAAAGCUCAGGGAAUGGUUCCCAAUGUUUUUCCUUAUAACUCCUUGAUUCAUAGUUUUUGUUGUAGUGGAAACUGGAAGGAGGCUAAACGUUUGUUAAAUGAGAUGGUGGAUCAAGGUGUUCAACCAAACGUGGUCACAUUCAAUGUGUUGAUUGAUAUGUUUUGCAAGGCAGGAAAGGUUAUCAAGGCUAAGGAAUUGCUAGAGAUUAUGACUCACAGAGGUACCCUUCCUGAUUUGUUUACUUAUAAUUCACUGAUUGAGGGGUUUUGUUUGGUUGGUGACCUAAAUGGUGCCAAUGAGCUAUUCGUUAGUAUGCCAAGCAAGGGAUGUGAACCUGAUGUGAUUAGCUACACUGUGUUAAUCAAUGGGUAUUGUAAAUCCUUGAAGGUGGAAGAAGCAAUGAAACUUUAUAAUGGAAUGCUUCAAGUGGGAAAGAGGCCAGAUGUGAAAACAUAUGGUGCCUUGUUAACAGGGCUUUUUCUGGCAGGUAAGGUUGGUGAUGCAAAGAAACUAUUUGGUGUCAUUAAAGCUUAUGGUAUUCCCGAAGGUUCAUAUAUAUAUGGUAUUUUCUUAGAUGGUUUGUGUAAGAAUGGCUGUUUAUUUGAAGCGAUAGAAUUUUUUAAUGAGUUAAAAUCAUACAACUUGAAAUUGGACAUUGAAAGUUUUAGUUGUCUAAUUGAUGGCCUAUGCAAAGCGGGGAAACUUGAAACUGCUUGGGAGCAAUUCGAAAAACUAUCCCAGGAAGGUCUUCAACCAGAUGUUGUGACUUAUUCCAUUAUGAUCCAUGGGUUUUGUAAAGGGGGACAAGUAGAUAAAGCAAAUAUUUUAUUUCAGAAGAUGAAAGAAAACGGUUGUACUCCCAACAUAAUUACGUAUAGUACCCUUUUGUGUGGUUUCUGCGAGAGUAAUAAAUCAGAUGAGGUGGUUCAACAGAUGGUUCAGAAGGAUGUGUUGCCAGAAGCUGGCAUUUGCACCAUAGUCGUAGACAUGGUUUGCAAAGAUGAAAAAUAUCAAGAAUGUCUAGACUUGCUUCGAAAGUUUCCUAUCCAAAAGCGGCAACGCUGAUAAUAAGACAUCUAUUGAUAGACUUAU